AUGGCCCGUGGCAACCAGCGCGAAAAGUCCCGUCAGGCCAACCUUAAGAAGCAGGCCGAGGAAGCCAAGAGAAAGGGAAACUCCAUGAGCGGCUCCCAGAUGCAGCACGCCAAGGAGGCGAACGCCGAUAUUAUGCGACAGAAGCAGGCUGCUGCUGAGGCUCGCAAGGCUGCCGAGGGCAAGAAAUAG